AUGCCCUGCUAUACACAACACACUAUGGCAUCCUCCACAUUUUCCGAUAUUAGUAUAUUUGGUGACCUUGAGCCUGUUGAAAAUGCAAGUCAGGAAGGCGAUUCGACUGCUCCAAAUACACCUUCCACACCUUCGUCUGACCGGAAACGGUCAAGAGAAGACCAGAGACAAAAGUCGUGGCAAAAGAAUAUACUUUUGCUGUGGCAGGAAAUUGCUAACCACAAAAACGGAACAAUAUUUAUGAACCCAAUUAAAGAGGCCAAUGCUCCAAUGUAUUACACCAUCGUACGUCAACCUAUGGAUCUUAAAAUGAUCAAAGCUCGUGUUCGCGACGGAAUCAUAAAGACAACCGCUGAAUUCGAGAGGGAUAUUGUGCUGAUGCUAACCAAUUCUUUAAUGUAUAAUCGUAAAGGAACUGAGGUUUAUCAAAUGGCUCUCUGUAUGCUAGAGAGUGUAGUUGAAAAAAUUAAGCUCUUCAAGGCUGCUGAUAGUUAUUCUGUACAAGCGCGUAAACUUCUGUUAGCCUCCGACAGGCGAGGAAGUAGAGAGCUUUAG